AUUUCCCUUCUCUCUCUCUGCCUUUCUAUUGCCUGUUGAUGAGAUGAGAGUGUGUGUUUCAGCUGAAUGGGGUUAGAUUAUUAGAGCGAGAGAGAGCGAGCGAGAGAGAGAGAGCGAGCGAGAGGUGACCAUGGAUUUUUUUGCAGUUCCCUCUUUCUCCUCUAGAUGGGUGGAUAUCACUUAUCGUUGGAUCUAAAUCUUCCUUCUCCUAUUUCACUUUUUUAUUAGUUCCAAAUUGGAUCUUUCCUUUAAAAAACCCAUCUUUUGGGGAAUUUUUUUCCAAUCGGCAGUUCGAUUUGGUGGUGAAGAUCUUGGUCUAUCGAUAUUUUACCUUUUUUUUUAUUUACGUUCUGUUCAAAUGAGUAAUCAUCACCUUUUGAUUUUUGGGUGAUGAUGAGUGAGCUCAAGAUAACUCCCUCUUAAAACAGUAAUUUCUUCAAUCUCUCUCCCUUGUUUCCCCCAAUUGUGCUUCUUCUGUUUGUUUCUCUCAGAUCCGCUCCGAAAGUCUAAUUGACGCUGCGAUUUAGAUCUGUUUCUAUUAGAUCCGAGAAAUUAGCUAAAUUAAAAGACUAAUUCUUUUUGUCAUAACCGCUAGGGUUCAUCACGGGCAUUAAAAAUCCCCAAAUCAGAAGAUGUGUCUGUCUCAGAGUGUGAUGAAUUACUUCCCGGAAGAAGUACUGGAGCACGUGUUCGAUUUCGUGACGUCGCACCGCGACCGGAAUGCGGUGUCGCUGGUGUGCAAAUCGUGGUACAACGUGGAGAAAUUCAGCCGUGAGAAGGUGUUCAUCGGCAACUGCUACGCAGUGAAUCCGGAGCGGUUGAUUGCUAGGUUCCCGCGGCUCCGAUCGCUGAGCCUGAAAGGGAAGCCUCAUUUCGCGGAUUUCAAUCUGAUGCCUCAUGAUUGGGGCGGCCACGUGUACCCAUGGAUCGAGGCGAUGUCGAAGAGCAGAAUCAAUCUGGAGGAGCUGAGGUUGAAGAGGAUGGUGGUCUCGGAUGAGAGCCUUGAGCUGCUUGCGAAAUCUUUUCCAAAUUUCAAGUCUUUGGUUUUGGUCACCUGUGAAGGGUACACGACCGAUGGCCUUGCUGCCAUUGCAUCUAACUGCAAGUUUCUUAGGGAGCUUGACCUGCAGGAAAAUGAAGUUGAUGAUCGUAAGGGCCACUGGCUCAGCUGUUUUCCCGAGAGCUGUACCUCUCUGGUCUCUUUAAAUUUUUCAUGCCUCAAAGGAGAGGUUAAUGUUGCUGCUCUUGAAAGACUGGUUGCAAGAUGUCGUAACCUUAGGAGUUUAAGACUCAACCAUGCAGUGCCUCUGGAGGUGCUUCAGAAGAUUUUAGUGCACGCCCCUCAGUUGAAUGAUUUGGGUACUGGUUCCUUCACACAUGAUCCGAACUCGGAGACGUACGUCAAACUGAAAAAUGCUAUGAAGAAUUGUCAUUCGAUUAGAAGCUUUUCAGGGUUUUUGGAUGUGAAUGGACGCUGUCUGCCCGCUGUCUACCCAAUCUGCGCCAGUUUGACAGCGUUGAACUUGAGUUACGCGCCUGGGAUCUUCAGUAAUGAACUUGCAAAGCUAAUUCGUCACUGCAAGAAAAUAGAGCGGCUUUGGAUAUUAGAUACCAUUGGAGACAAAGGACUCGGUGUUGUGGCCAACACAUGCAAGGAACUACAGGAGUUGAGAGUCUUCCCAUCUGACCCUUAUGGCGUGGGAAAUGCAGCUGUAACCGAAGAAGGGCUGGUUGCUAUAUCAGCUGGAUGCCCGAAGCUGAACUCAAUCUUGUACUUCUGUCAGCAGAUGACUAAUGCUGCCCUCAUCACAGUGGCCAAAAACUGCCCCAAUUUCAUCCGUUUCCGGCUGUGCACCCUUAACCCGAUUGUACCAGAUGCAGCAACCAACCAACCCCUCGAUGAAGGUUUUGGGGCAAUUGUCCAGUCAUGCAAGGGCCUGACGAGGCUAUCAGUCUCAGGUCUACUGACGGAUCAAGUCUUCCUUUACAUAGGAAUGUAUGCCGAGCGGCUUGAAAUGCUCUCAAUCGCAUUUGCUGGGGACAGCGACAAAGGGAUGCUCUACGUGCUCAACGGGUGCAAGAAACUGAAGAAGCUGGAGAUCAGAGACAGCCCGUUUGGUAACAUGGCACUUCUAUCGGACAUGGGGAAGUACGAAACAAUGCGAUCCCUUUGGAUGUCCUCAUGUCAAGUGACCCUCGGAGCUUGCAAGACUCUGGCAGAGAAGAUGCCACGGCUCAACGUUGAGAUAAUCAGUGAGAAUGAGGGUGGUGCAGGUGAGGGUGAGGCCAGCCUUGAUGAUAGGGAUAGAGUGGAGAAGAUGUACUUGUACCGGACUCUUGUCGGGCCUCGGACAGAUGCCCCAGAUUUUGUACGGACGCUGUAAAUGCAGUGGCCGGAGCUGUUCCUGCUAUGUAUUAUGUAGCUUUAGGUUCUUAAUUUAGACACUACCUAUUUAUGCAUUUUCUAGUUCCCCUGAUGGCUUAUUGUUGUAUAUGGUGGGGGAUUAUUCAAUUGACUUCAAACUCUGUAUCAUGCUUUUGUUUAUAUCAACUUCUCACCUCAAA